GACCUCCUCUCUCUCCCUCCAUCCAAAAUAAGCCCUUUCUCUCUCCUCACUCUCUCUCUCUCUCUCUGAACCUGCUGUCUUCUCCAAACCGCCGGAGCCUAAACCAAAACAAGAACCUGGUCUGAACGCUAUUAGGUUGAUAGACAAUACGAAACGCACUCUACAUUGAAAAGAAACACAACUGAGUAGCUCAAAUGAGUAUCUGGAUCUCUGGUUCUUCGGAUUCAAGAAAGGAGCAUACUUUUGUCUUAUGAAAGAGAGUAACUUCAUUGAGAUUUUUCUAAGAAAGUUUUGAUUUUGUUUUUGUUAGGUCAGUUCGAAAGUUUUGCCCUUUUUUUUUUCCUGGUUUGUGUUCUUUUUGGAGUGUCUUGUUGUGUAAUGGAGAGUAAUGAUGACCAAAACCUGAAGGCUAUUAAGGCUUCAGUAGGAAGACUGGUCUGGGUUCGUCUCCGUAAUGGUUCUUGGUGGCCUGGACAGACUCUGCUUCAUGAGGAAGUUCCUGAAAACUCUCUGGUUUCUCCAAAACCUGGCACUCCUAUAAAGCUUCUAGGUCGUGAUGAUGUUGGCAUUGAGUGGUACAUUCUUGAAAAGUCCAAGAGCGUGAAGGCGUUUCGUUGUGGAGAGUAUGAUGCUCACAUUGAGAAAGCAAAGGCUUCUGCUGCUGCAGCGAGGGCUAGUAGUAAGAAGACUGUCAAAUGCACUCGCAGAGAGAAUGCCAUUAUCUGUGCUCUUGAGAUUGAGAAUGCACAUCUUGCAAAAGAAGACCAUCCAAAUGAUAAUCUGUGUAGCUCAUCCGGUGAGGAGGAUACAAUCUCUGAAGAUGGAAGAGAAGCUGAAGAUGGACUUGAGGUACUGCAAUCUAGUAUGUCUUCCCAAGAAAUGAAUAACGUUGGAGCUUUGGUGACGGUCGAGCCAAAGAGAAGAAGAACACCGAAUGACUCCGAAGAUGAUGGAACUGAAGGAACCAAGCGAAUGAGAGGUCUUGAGGAUAUUGGAAAAGAACAUGUCGGUGCUAUUGUCGUGCGUAGGCAAGAAAUGGGUUCGGUCUGUGAUGUAAACCUCAGCGAUUCAGUGUCGAAUGGUUAUAUUGUUCCCAAUGGAUACAAGCUAUGCUCACCGUUGUCACUGAAAAGAAAAAGGUCACAAGUCACAAAUGCUAAUGACUGCUCUAAAAAGAAAAACCGACGCCGGCAACUGACAAAGGUGUUAGAGUGUACAGCUAUGGUCUGUGUCCCUGGUACCUCUGACCAGCUUGUCACUUCUGAUUGUCAAGGGGUUAAUGACAGCAAAGUAUCUGGAAUGGAGUCUGUCGAAUCCAUGAAAAGUGUAUCUGUUGUAAUCAACAACAACUCAGACAGCACUGGGAAUUCAUGCGAGAAUGCUCCUGAAAAUGUUGCUGGAGCCUUAUCAGUUUCUGCGGAGGACGAUUCUUCUGUCCAUUUAUAUGAUGUUCCACUAACUGAAGAAACACAACAGUCUACAGGUUUUCCAGCAGCUUGCACCAUGUCCUCAUCAAGGACAGCUCUUGUUUCUGGUUUGAUAAGGCGGUGUGGUCCUAGUAGUCAUGAUGUGUUUGUUAAGAAAGAGGCAUGUAAUGGAUCUGCUUGUGCAAAUCCACCAGAUACACAACUUGCCAUCUGGAAUUCCAACGGGAUUGAGAAGAGCACUUCUAAGUGGCAGCUAAAAGGAAAGAGGAACUCAAGGCAGAUGAGUAAGAAACAAGAAGCGAGAAGAAGUGUGUUCGGCGAAGAAGCUAAUAACAGCAACGUUCCUCUGCUUCUUCCUACGCUGUUCGAAGUGAAGAUUGAGGUAAAAGCGAGCAGUAACAAGCCCCGUGUUCCGCUGGUUUCUCGUAUGAGUAAAUUGAAUAGUAAGGCUAUUGUUGGGCAUCCUGUAAGUGUUGAAGCCUUGGAAGAAGGCUACUACUACAAUGGUGGUAUGGUGAUGUCUAAAGGUGUUGUGAAGGCAAAGUCAUUGCCCAAAAAGAAGGUCAAGAAGAGGAAAACAAAUGGUGAUUUUGGAAAGUCAAAGAAGAAAUCAUCUUCCUUAUCGGUAAAGACAAGGCGGCUCUCUACUCUGACGGAAAGAAGCAAGAAGCAGACAACAGAAAGGGUCAAGGAAACGGUUGUAGCUUGUAUACCGUUGAAAAUAGUCUUUAGUAGGAUAAACCAAGUAUUGAAAGGCUCAGGAAGGCAAACACAACACCGCCCAUUGCCAUCUGCUGGCAGAACAUGAGAGAGAGGUAGCGAAAACUUUUGGUUGGCAUUUACGUUUUACUGUUUGUUUUGUUUUCCCUUUCAUUGAUCUGCCUGGGUUUUGAAGCAUACACUGAGAUGGAAAUAGGCUGCUUUAGGAGACUUUGGAGUCAUGCAGAGAGAGGCAAAACAUGAGCAAAUGUACAUAUAGCAGUAGUUUAGUGGUUGAGUUGUAAAACUGAAAGAUUUAGAGGUUGGAGAGAUGAGAUUACUGCUUGCUUGUUUCACGUUAUAACUCACAUUGCUUGUUUUUGAACUGUCAUGUUCUUUUCUUGAUGUUUGUUUUGUCUCAUAGUCUCAGUUCCUUCGAACAUUGUUUUAAGUAAACUCGUAUGAGAGAACAAAAGGUUCAAAGCUUUUUGUUCUUUAGAGAAUCAGCAAUGUAAAAGUUAACUCCACUCUAUGUACGUCACUUGUUAGGCUC